AGUAGGACAUCUUGGCUGUUUCUUGAGUUGGAAAGAACUUGACGACGUGGUAGUGCAAAAAAUGUCGGUAACAAUUGAAAGAAAUGAUGAAAAAACUCCUCUUGUAACCGACAGUGCGUCAAAUAUUCCUUCAAAUGACCUUACAUUGAGAACUCUUAGCAUCCAGGAGACACAGGAAUAUAAUGAUGAGCGGAGUAAAAAUACCUCAGCACCCUCUUCUCAGGCACCUUGCUCUACAUUCGGGCAUAAAAGUAACUUGUCCAAAUCAGCAUCUUUGAAAAAAAAGCGAGCAAGACAAAAGCUGAUUAUUGCAUCUUUAUUGUGUUUCGUUUUUUUUAUUGCAGAAUCUGUUGGAGGUGCAAUAGCCAACAGCUUGGCUAUUAUGACAGAUGCUGCACAUCUCUUGUCAGACUUCGCAAGCUUUCUAAUUUCAUUAUUAGCAAUUUGGUUAGCAAAUCGACCGUCUACGUCUAAAUUAUCGUACGGCUGGCAUAGAGCUGAAGUCAUGGGAGCACUCUUGUCUAUGUUGAUUAUUUGGGUAUUGACGGGAGUUCUUGUUUAUGAAGCAAUCAAAAGAGUCAUCAAUGGUAAUCACAAGGUCAACGCUAACAUAAUGUUGAUCAUUGCUGGCGUUGGUAUUGGUGUCAACAUUUUGAUGGGUCUAGUAUUGGGUCAUAAUCAUUCUCAUGGAGCGAGCUCUACAGGUUCACAUGGACAUUCCCAUGGCGAGAGGAAACUCUCGUCAACCCCCAGUGUGAAAAAACAUGCGGAGGAGAAAAACAUGAAUGUUCAAGCCGCAUUUGUUCAUGUCAUUGGUGAUUUAUUGCAGAGUUUAGGCGUUCUUGUCGCUGCCAUAAUAAUCAAAUUUAAACCGAACUGGUCAAUUGCCGAUCCAAUUUGCACAUUUUUGUUUUCUGUCAUUGUUGUUUUCACAACUAUCACAGUUCUUAGGGAUGCUUUACUGGUGUUAAUGGAAGGAACACCAAAAGGUAUCGACUUAAAUGAUAUCAAGGAAGGAAUUGGAAAGAUUAAUGGUGUAAUAGCAAUUCAUGAUUUACAUGUUUGGUCUUUGACUUUGGGUAACAUAGCACUUUCAGCUCAUUUGGAUAUAGAAGAUGAAAAUGAAUCACAAAGAAUUCUUUUGGAAGCAACUCAACUGAUUGACGCUGUCUAUCAUAUUCGACAUUCCACAAUUCAGAUUGAAAACACUCGUUUACAUUCCUGUAUUUUGAUGGGUUGAUAUUAAAUAAUUUUUUUCUAGGAAAACAUGCAAUGUCGAGUUAACCUACUGGCAUUUGCUUUCCAGCAUUCUUAUUUCUAGAAAAAACAACACUUCAUUCAUCUAUUGCAUGAAAUCAAAGGUUAAUAAUGCAUGUUUGUAGAUAUUGUCGUCCAAGUUAGUGCAAACAUAAGAAGAACUGAAGAACUUUUAGUUUUGGUUUUGAAUCACAUAAUGAAUUUGGGACACCCUGAAUCAUACAAUUAUGAAAUAAAAGUUUUGAAAAACAA